AGUAUGAAACAGUUUAUGUUGUGCAACAGUUUCAAAUGAUUAUUUAAUAAAAAUAAAAACUAAUUUAUUAUGUGAAUACAAGAUGACGACAUUAGUUUUCUGUUUGGUAAUAUCAGUAUUACUAGUCGUUGUAUGUUAUUAUGAUGCGGACUUUUUGUCAGGUGAUCAAAAAUCUGUUUUGUUACUUCUGGUAUCAAACGAAGAUGGACAUAAAAAAAUGAAUGAUGAACUAGAGAAUAUGAUAAACAGAAAUGAUUAUGACAUUGACGUUCGUAGAUUGCAUAUUAAUAAUGCAACCCUGACUGAAACUAUAUCAAUAGUGAACACAAAUAGGAAUGACUAUGUUGUAAACUUAAAAAUAGUCGACUUUUACAAGGAAAGUACGUUACCGUCAGAUUUAAUUUUUCAUGAAAAUGGAGCUACGAUAACAGACCCUUUUUGCGUUAUAGAUAUUGCAAAAACUAAUAAAGAGACAUCGUGUGAAGUAAAAGAUGUGGAAUUACAGGAAAUGGCCGCAUUCAGCAAAAAUAUACUAGACAUAAAGGAUAUUGAAAUCAUUGAAAUUUUGAGCAAUUUUAAUAUAAAUAAUAAUAAAGAACAUACUAUGCCAACAAAGAAAUAUGCGACUCACAUUAUUUUAAUUUGUUCACAAAAUGAAAAUGCCAUCGAUUCUGAUUAUAAAGAGAAAUUGAAGGCAAAUUCUAAUCCUGUAGAGCUCAUAUUUUCUGAAUGCAAUACAGAAAUGAAAAUACCAGAUAAUACUUCAGCUGUAUUAGCACCAAAACCUUUACAAUUCAGCAGCUUUAAUCCGCAGAUUCCGUUUAUUUUCUACGAUAGUAAUCAUCUGCUGCCCGUGCAUGAAGAAGAUUAUCCAAAUUCAUACACUUUGUUGCCAUGGCAACCACUCAAGUAUGCACUUGUCAAAUUUCUACAAAAAAUGAAGUGGCAACGCAUUGCAGUUAUAUCUGAUGAUUCAUAUUUUAGUGAUGAAUUUGAAAAAGAAUUAAUAUCUCUUUUGCAUGAAAAUGACUUUGUUUAUACCGUAAAGCAAUGCCUUUAUAACAUUAACAGCUCUAAUUACGAUCCAAAUUUAAAAACAUGUACUUUUGAUAAAGGUCUAAAUGAAUUAAGAAAUCAAGAAUAUAAAGUAUGGGUGAUAAUAGCUAAUGUGGAGAUAUAUAAUUUAGAAAAAUUGACAAGAGCUGCAAGAGACUUAGGUAUAAGAGGAGUUCAGUGGAUAUUUAGACAUCCCUAUAAUGAUGAUACGAAGCACAUACCCGACAACAUAGGUGAUAUAUAUUACAUAAAAUUAUCACCAUCUGGUACCAAUGCUUUCAAUGAUCUUAUUUACACAGGCAUUGAAUAUAUCAAGAAGGCUCUCUUCUAUGGAAACAUGAACAUUACCUUUCCGAUCUCCACAGUGGUGCGUGCAACAAUCACAAAGAGAUAUUAUACAUUUAGAGGCAUAAUAGAUAUUGAUGGUACAAAAUCGUCCGUAAUUGAAAUGCCACAUGCCUAUAUAUCAGAUCUCUCUGAUUGUUACAUUAGAAGUAACGAUUUCGACAAGCCAUGCGAUAACUUUUUACUUUGCCUUCUAUUUUUAGUAAUAAUUAUGUUUAUGUUAAUUCUUCUAAUAAUUGUCAUAUAUUUUAGUAAUAUACACACAACAUAUGGUCAAUAUUCCAAUAUAUUAUAAUAUUACUAUGCAAAUAUUACAAUUUUCACCUUCAACUACUCUUCUUAUAUAUUCCUUUCGGCUUUUCGAAAGUUGACUGUAGAAAUUUCUUAUCGCCUUGAUAGGUUUUAUAGACAUUAAAACUGUUCGUUUAUUUAUAUAAGCUUUAUUCUACAUUCACAAUUAAUGCAGAUAUCAGGUUAUAAAGAAAAUAACAUGGUACAGAGUCAAAAAGAUAUUUCUUUCCCCUUGGAAGACAUUUCUUCUUGUCGACCUUGAGAACGCGAAAAGAGAAAGUAUCUAUAUAGUUUGUAUAAUAAAUGUAAAUAAUAAAUCUGUUUCAUGUCUCCUGUACAAAUACUACUACUAUUAUUCUUCUUAAAACAAUAUUAAAUUAUUAUAUUAUGAUGCCCUCUGGUGACAAGAGUUUCCAGUCCACCUUCGUUAUAUACGAAAACAUCUGACAUGACUUAUCAAACAAUUGCUUUACGUGCCCUCCGAAGCACGAAACGAGUGGCAAUUAUUUUGAAAAUAUUUAUACAUGAACUUGAAAAAUUCGAAGAUUUAAGCUGAGAUUCGAUCUGAUCUGAAGCGCAGUCAGCGGACUGUAUACAUAUUAUAUAUUUACAAUAAAAACAACAAUAAGCAAUAACGUUCUAAGUUUCUUUGUAAUUGAAAUGCUUUAAUAAUAUUUAAGUACAUUGUCUAAUUCUUAAGCUAAAAUAUCCUAUGUUAAGUAACCAAGUAACGAAUUUGGAAGAGCACAAUCCAAAAUAUACCAACUCAAGUCAAUUUAGAAAACUCAUUUCCUAUAAUUUGACUUAACAAAUCAAAAUCAUUUUUUGUAAAUUAAUCUUCUUUUAUAUUUUUAUUUUAUAUAUAAUAUACUAGUAACAAACUU